UCCAUACAACACCCAAAAAGCAAACGCUUCUGUUUUUGGGGUUUCUGUAAAAUUCGCUAUGUGUUGCAUUUAAACAACAAAAGUUUAAAUAUUUUUUUUUUCUUACCAGAGAAAAACAGAAAGAAAGGGAUGGCACUAGAGGCUGUGGUCUAUCAACAAGACCUGUUUGGUCAUAGUAGCAAAGAAAUCUACAACUUGUUAGGAGGGAAUUGGAGCUAUGACCAUAGCCUGCUGGAAAAGGAAGAUGACAAAGCCUGCUCUUUUGAUAAUUUUCUCGAGAACCAACCAGAAAGUUUCCUUCAUGGGGAUUGGAACUCUUCUCCACCACCUUCAGUGUUUCCUCAUUUCACCGAAAUGCUUCAAAUUAACCCAUCUCCAGAUGCUAACAAUGUCAACAAUGGACUAACAACUUGUACUCCAGCUGCUACUGAAUUGUUCCCUGAUCAUAACUUACUGGCUCACUCCUCAUCAACCAUGCCUGCUCGAGCCAAGAGACGCCGAUCCCGGAGUAGAAAAAACAAAGAAGAGAUCGAGAAUCAGAGAAUGACUCACAUUGCUGUGGAGCGCAAUCGAAGAAAGCAAAUGAAUGAGUACCUCUCCAUUCUUCGAUCUUUAAUGCCUGAGUCUUACGUUCAAAGGGGUGACCAAGCAUCAAUCAUUGGAGGAGCCAUUAAUUUCGUGAAGGAACUGGAGCAACGUUUGCAAUCGCUUGCUGCCCAGAAAGAAACAAAGGAAAAAUCUGAUGGGGUUGAAGCUUCUUCACUGCCUUUCUCUGAAUUCUUUACAUUCCCACAGUACUCGACGAGUUCAACUCGGUGCGAAAACUCGGUGGCAGCAGUGAAUGAAACAAUGAGUACGACUCAGUCUACUAGUGUAGUUGAUAUAGAAGUAACCAUGGUGGAGAGUCAUGCAAAUCUCAAAAUAAGAUCGAAAAGAAGACCAAAGCAGCUACUGAAGGUUGUUUCUGGGUUGCAUGCUAUGCGUCUGACGAUCCUUCACCUUAACGUCACAACAAUUCACCAAAUCGUGCUUUAUUCUCUGAGUGUCAAGAUAGAAGAUGAUUGUAAGCUGAGUUCAGUGGAUGAGAUUGCCACAGCAGUGUAUGAGAUGCUAGGUAGGAUUCAAGAGGAAUGUUCUAUGAUGAAUUGAUAAAAAUUUAUUUUUCUUUUUGUAAUUUGGUUAUCUUUCUUUUUUAGCUUUGCCUUUAAUUUCUUGAUUUUUAGCUGCUGGCCUUUGAAAGGCUCACUGCAAUUAAUGUCUCAUCUUAGUGUUAAUUAACUUGUUCUGCUACUGCUCUAAUCUGGAGAUCUCCUUCUGCUUUUUUUUUU